CAACAUUGUUGGGUGACCAAACGAGUUAGUUUGUCGAGAUCUUUUGCAGUCGCUCCACAAGUGCUCGCAAUUCCGAAGGCGCAGUUGUGACAUUUCGUUCGUUCAUUCCCUCGGAUCCCGGUGAUAACGCUUCCGGUCAAUCAGUGUACUAAAAUUUUCCGCUCAUCGAUCAUGAUUUUCAUAUUGGUGGGUCUUUUGACACUUUCGUCGUUCGCAAAAUGCGAAAACGCAACAGACGUGCUGGCGGACGAUCCCGCCUUCUUGGCGCGUGCGAAGGAACUUUUGGCGAGAUUGAAUCGCGAGCACGGUGAAUGGAUCAACAAACAGACGAAAGCCUCUUGGGCUUAUGCCUCGAAUCUGACGGAUGAGAAUCUCACUGCCCAGCAGAAUGUUUCGGCCCAGUACGCCAAUCAUGUUCGUAAAAUGUGGCAAGAGGUCAAAGACUUCAAUUGGACAAAUAUCGUCGAUUACGAUACUCGCAGGCAAUUUGAAAAAUUGGCGACUCCUGGUAGCGCCGCACUUCCGGAGGCGAAACACGAAGAAUUCGGUGCCGUGAUAAGCAAGAUGCAGAAGACGUAUUCGACUGCAAAAAUUUGUGAUUUCAAACAACCAACUAAAUGCGAUCUCAGCCUAGAGCCCGAAAUUACCGAAUUACUCGUAAACUCUCACGAUCCUGAAGAGCUCAAGCAUUUGUGGAUCAAGUGGAGGGACGCAACUGGAAAGAAAGUCAAAACCGAUUUCACGAGAUACGUUGAACUAAGCAACGAGAUCGCACGACUCAAUGGUUUCGAUGACAUGGCUGCUUAUUGGCUCAGGGAUUACGAAGCUGACGACUUCGUUCAACAAAUUGAAACCCUGUGGACGGAGUUGAAGCCUCUGUAUUUGCAAUUACACGCGUAUGUGAGACGUCAAUUGCGUUUGAAGUACGGCGAAGAUAUCGUCUCGAAAGACGGCCCUAUUCCGGCCCAUCUUUUAGGGAAUAUGUGGGCUCAAACGUGGGGUGAAAUUAUUGAAUUUAGUACCCCAUACCCUGGUAAAAAAUUGCCGGAAGUUACUGAAGCUAUGAUCCAACAAGGUUACAACGCAACGAGUAUGUUCCGCUUGGCGGAGAAUUUUUUCGUCUCGGUGAAUUUGAGUGGGAUGCCGGAGCUUUUUUGGGAAAAUUCAAUUUUGGAAAAGCAACAAGGGAUCGACAUGAUUUGUCACGCUUCGGCGUGGGAUUUCUACGACGGUAAAGACUUCCGUAUAAAGCAAUGCACGCGGGUGAACAUGGCGGACCUGGCAACGGCACAUCACGAGAUGGGACAUGUCCAAUAUUAUUUGCAAUACAAAAACCAACCGACCGUUUAUAGAGAAGGAGCGAAUCCAGGAUUUCACGAAGCCGUCGGUGAUACGAUAUCGCUCAGUGCUUCCACACCCGGGCACUUAAAAAAUCUUGGCUUACUCGAUGAAGUUUCCUCCGACAACGAAGCCGUUUUGAAUCAUCUUUAUUUCGUUGGCUUGGACAAAAUUUCCUUCCUACCCUUUGCUUUUAUGAUGGACAAAUGGCGUUGGGGUGUUUUUCAAGGUCAAACUCGCCCUGAAACUUAUAACUGUGAUUGGUGGUCACUUGCCGAGGAAUACCAGGGAAUAGAACCCCCGGUUGAUAGAUCGGAAGAUGACUUCGAUCCGGGCUCAAAGUAUCAUAUAAUUGCUGACGUCGAAUACAUAAGAUAUUACGUAAGUUUCGUGAUACAAUUCCAAUUUCACAAGGCCCUAUGCACAGAAGCGGGUGAAUACGAUCCCAAAAAUUCGACGAGCAAACCUCUCAGCGAGUGCAACAUUUAUGGCAGUCAAAAGGCCGGUCAACUUUUCAAAUCGAUGCUCGAGCUCGGAUCGUCAAGACCUUGGCAAGACGCAAUGGAAAAAAUAACAGGUCAACGAAAAAUGGACAGCAGCGGACUUUUAGAAUACUUCCAACCACUUGCGGAUUGGCUGAAACUCGAGAAUGAAAAAACCACGGAAUAUAUCGGCUGGAAACCGAGCAAACGAACUUGCACUCCAAAAAUGGAGGCAGUCGCAAAAAACGCAACGGUUCUUCAAUAGACAGGAUAGUUCCAAGUCUGUGCAGAAAGACGAUGUCUACGAAGCUGUAGAAAAUCCGGGAAAAAAGAAGAGCAGAUCUCUGCAAGAGCGUACUUAUGAUUAAACGUAAAUAUUAGUGAAAAUAAGCGUAACGAUGUAUUUCUCAGAAACCCAGUCCAUCAAAGUUUCUUUAAGAGGAGCGCCUUUGGAAACAAAAAUUUUUUGAGCCAGAAUUUGGGUGAGAUACUCUAUGAAAAUAAAAGGACAUUUCAACUAGGAAAAACAAAAGUAGUCGACGUUUCAAAAAUGUAAAAAGUCAUGAAAUUCGAAUUUAGAGACACACGGUAGAAAAACGAAAAUGAUCGAUUUAUUAGGAAAUUAAUAAUACACGGUCACAGAUCACAUAAGAUGACACGUUAAAUCACCGUUGAAUCGACAAAAAUUUCUAACACUAACGUGAUGGGAUUUGUACAAAGAUUUUCAUCAUUCGGAAUUAAGUUAAUAAAUCGUCAAAUAAGACGACAGAAGUUCCUUAGAAAAUAGGCAAUGGUAAAUGUACAUGCUUGAAAAAUUAUUUCGAGACGAGAUUCGUAUGUUUUAUUGAGAUUUCCACUUGAAUCGUUUUGGAUGACGACGAAGGACGAAAAUGGAAUAAUUAUUAUUUGUUAGGAUUUUUUUAUCGUUGAGUUAAUGCCAAUUUUCAUUCAUGAUUCAACGCGACCGAUUUGCUUUUUUUUUUAUACUCAACGAGCUAGAAAUGCAUGAAUUGAACUUUGAUGAAUGCCAUGAGGGAUUUAAAAAACGCAAGUUAAAGCAAAUCAAUGGUGCAAAGUUACUUGGCUUUGCCACGCCCGCGCCCUCGCUUUGUUGUUUUUCCUUCAGUUUUACUCGUAGAUGCGGUUUUGGUGCUUGCCGUCGUUUUCUUGGCCUGGAAAUGAAGAAAAAUGAUUGUCAAAACAAACUUAGUUUUUUCUCUUUUCAGUUCGUUCUGACGUUUGAAAAUGGUCUACAAUGAAUGUGAUCAAUUGUUGAUGAAAUAUUUCUUUAAUGAUAAAAACGAAUGAAGAUAUGUUUAAAAUUUGAGUUUUUCUUCUUUGAAAGUAAACAGAUUGGGAAUAAAAGAAGAUUCAAAGACGUAAUAAGAGGAGGUUCUAUUAUUCAUAAUAAAAAUAGAAACGUUUGAAAGAUAUAAAAUAACUCCCGAAUUUUUUUUCCCGCCAUAGAACCGCUUAUUGAAAAUAGAAUCGUUGGAAAAUCUUCGAAAUAUAAUUUUAAAAAAUUAGAUAUUGUGAAAUUCGACAGUGAAUCGGAAUGUGAAAUAUAAUGAACAAAAAUUGAAAUAAAAUAGAAUGCAUUGAAAGUUA